AUGAACAGACGGCAGUCCAUCUCCGACCUUCGCACCGCCCAUCCCAACCUCAACCUGAACGGCAAUGUCAUCUCUGCCACCUUUACCAUUCCUGUUGCACCUCAUUACCGCAAGGGCGCCGAUUGGGAUUUGAAACCCCGCCGUGGCCAAUCCGCCCUGCUCGACUCCUUCGCCUACCUUUCUUCCGAAAACACGCCCUGGAACCAUACCGUCGUCGCUUGGACCGGCGAGAUCGACGAGGCUCAAGAUGUUCCCUCUCCUCCGGGCACCCCGCCGAGAUCGACCAUCCACACCGCCUCUCUGAAUAGCCUCUCCGCUCCGAUCCCCGUCGAUACCGAUACCCGCCUACCCACUCCCCCCAUCUCCGAUGGUCUCUGGGUGUCCAAGGAGGACCAGCACCGCCUGGAAGAACAACUCGCCCGCGGCACGAACAUCAAGACGGUGCCCGUUUGGCUGGCCGACGACCACGAGUCGAAAGAGGACGGCAUCCGUCUGAAAGACCAGUCCCGCUGGAGGCGCUAUGCCGAGCACGACCUCUACACCCUCUUCCACUACAAGCAAAACGAGCCGUCCGAUGGUCGCAGGGAGCGCAUCACCUGGACCGACUACUAUCGGAUGAACCAAAAGUUCGCCAACAAGAUUGUCGAGCACUACAAGCCCGGCGACAUCGUCAUCGUCCACGACUUUUACCUCAUGCUGCUCCCCAGCAUGCUGCGCCAGCGCGUCCCCAACAUGUACAUCGCCUUCUUCCUGCACUCCCCUUUCCCGAGCAGCGAGUUCCUCCGGUGCCUGCCGCGUCGCAAGGAGGUGCUCGAGGGCGUCCUGGGCUCGAGCCUGGUCGGCUUCCAGUCGUACAGCUUCUCGCGCCAUUUCUCCAGCUGCUGCACCCGCAUUCUGGGAUUCCCCUCCGACAACAACGGCGUCGACGCCUACGGCGCCCGCGUCCAGGUCGGCGUCUUCCCCAUCGGCAUCUCCGCCUCCAAGUGCGAGUCGUACGCCUUCUCCGAUGCCGUCACCGAGAAGUACCGGGCCCUGAAGAAAACAUACCAAGGCAAGAAGAUCAUCGUGGGCCGUGACCGCCUCGACAGUGUCAGGGGCGUCGCCCAGAAGCUUCAGGCCUUCGAACGCUUCCUCGAGAUGUACCCGGAGUGGCGGGAGAGGGUGGUGCUCAUCCAGGUCACGUCGCCCACCGUCACCGCCGAACACGAGGACACCGAGAAGGGCAUCGCCACCCGCGUCAACGAGCUCGUCAUGCACAUCAACGGCCUGUACGGCAGCUUGGGCUUCUCGCCGGUCCAGUACUAUCCCCAGCACCUCAACCCGGAAGAGUACUUUGCCCUGCUCCGCGCCGCCGACAUCGGCCUCAUCACCUCGGUCCGCGACGGUAUGAACACCACGAGUCUCGAGUACAUCAUCUGCCAGCGCGAGAGCCACGGGCCCCUCAUCAUCUCCGAGUUCAGCGGAACCGCCGGCACGCUCCGGGACGCCAUCCACAUCAACCCCUGGGACCUGAACGGCGUGGCUACCGAGAUCAACAACGCGCUCGUCAUGCCCGGCGAGAAGCGCAUGGCCAUGCAGGACAGCCUCUACAGUCACGUCAAGACGCGCAACGUCCAGAGCUGGAUCGACCACCUGCUCAACCGGCUGGUGCACGUCCUGUCCAAGGAGAAGAACACCAGGACGAUACCGCUGCUCGACCGAGCGCUCCUGCUGCAGACCUACCGGGACGCGAAGAAGCGGCUGAUCAUGUUCGACUACGACGGCACGUUGACGCCGAUAGUCCGCGAGCCCAGCGCGGCCACGCCAUCGGAGAGUUUGCUGCAGACGCUCACCGCGCUGGCUUCGGACCCGACGAAUGCCGUAUGGAUCAUUUCCGGUCGCGACCAGGAGUUCCUGUCGCGCCACCUUGGCCACAUCUCCACUCUCGGGUUCAGCGCCGAGCACGGCAGCUUUAUGAAGGAGCCCGGUUCGGAAAAGUGGAUCAACCUGGCAGACAAGUUCGACAUGGGGUGGCAAGCCGAGGUGAUUGACGUGUUCCAGAAGUACACAGACCGAGUACCGGGCGCCUUCAUCGAACGCAAGAGAUGCGCCCUCACGUGGCACUACCGACUCGCCGACCCCGACCAAGGCGCGCACAUGGCGCAGGAGUGCCAGAAGGAGCUGCUGGAGACGGUGGGCAAGAAAUGGGACGUCGAGGUGAUGGCGGGCAAGGCCAACCUGGAGGUGCGGCCGACGUUCAUCAACAAGGGCGAGAUCGCCAAGCGGCUGGUGGCGACGUACAACGGCAAGGCGGAGGCGGACGGGUUGGCGGCGGGCAACGUCGAGUUUGUGCUCUGCCUGGGCGACGACUUUACCGACGAGGACAUGUUCCGGGCGCUGAACGGGCUGCCGGAGGAGGAGGUGGCGCGGCAGCACGUGUUCGCGGUGACGGUCGGGGCCAGCACCAAGGUGACGCUCGCGCAGUGGCAUCUCCUGGAGCCGUCGGACGUGGUGGACUGCGCGGCGCUCCUGGCGGGGGUGGGGCCCGGCGGGGACAGCCACCAGCACCAGGGGCAGGUGAACUUGGCUGCGCUGAGUACGGUCGAGGGACAGAUUCCCGAGGGGGAGAAGUAUUAA